GUAAGGGUGAAAGCGUCCUUUUACACGGUGCUCCAAGUUGACAAACUUGCCAGCAAGGAGGAGAUCAGGAAAGCAUACAGACGACUCGCACGCAGAUAUCAUCCUGAUGUAGAUGGGACGCCAGAGGCCCAAAAACGUCUCCAGGCCGUCAUCGCAGCAUACAAUGUGCUGUCAGACGAGUUGGAAAGAGAGCGCUAUGACACACUCAGAGGAGCGCCGCCUGGUAAUGGCUUCAGAGAUGGUGAGCCCCUCAUGCUCCAUGCUUGGCUCUGUCACAUGCAUGGUGCAUCAGAUCAUAUCUCAGGUCAUGACGGAGACGUCACUGGUGAGGACGCGGUAGUUGUUGUGUCACUGGACUUCCUGGAAGCAGCCCUUGGCAAGCAGCAUGCUCUGGAGGUGUCAGUGAAAAGGACAUGUCCUGACUGCGUCGGCCUGGGAGCUGCUCCCGGCACGCAUCCAGUCUUCUGCAGCCUCUGCAGCGGCCGUGGGCACGUCCGGACCAAGCACACGUCACAUGCAGGCCUGGCGGUGGCGGGGAGCGCAGCGUGCCCAGCGUGUGGCGCGACUGGGAUCGUGCGGCAGGAGUGGUGCACUCGAUGCGGCGGCGACGGCCGCGCUCAGACGCGCGUCUCCGUCAACGUCUCUAUCCCCGCCGGUGUGGAUGCAGAGAGCGUGCUGAGGGUGAAGGGCCUGGGGGACGCAGGCAAAAACAGAGGCGCCACUGGUGAUCUGUACAUCACGUUUGCGAUCAAACCCCGAGCGGGGAUUGUUCGGCGCGGCCUUGAUCUGUACUCAGAUGUGAUCGUGAGGUACACGGACGCCAUCCUGGGCGGCAGCGCGGCGGUGGCGACGAUCCGCGGCGAGGCGCGGCUGCCGAUACCCCCGGGAACCCAGAACGGGCAGGUGCUGACGCUGCCCGGGGCCGGC